AUAUCGGGUUCGAUGUCUCAAAACCCAAGAAAAAGAAAACAGCAGACCAGGAAGGGAGGAGAGGUUUUACUCCGAGUUUCGUUACUAAAUUUGCCUACUUAGGUAUUUGCACGUAUCAAAUGUAUCUAUUUCAUCCCAAAUUUAUGAUAACCACACGAAAUUCACAUUAUUUGGUUUGAGAUAUAAAUCUACGGAAACGUAUUAAUGUCACGACACUAUUCUAGUUUACGCAUUUACUAAAUGAUUUAGAUCUAAAUUUAAUCUGUAAAAUUUACACUCUGAUUUGUAAAAAUUUACACAUUUUAAAAACUGUAAAUUUUACGCCUUUAUAUGUAAAAAUUCAUCCCUUUUCAGUAAGAUUUACACUUGAAUUGGUAAAUUUUUCUCUUAAAUCCUUAUAAUUCACAUUGCUUUGGUUUUGGACGCAUAAAAUUUGGUCUCCCGGUCAAUGGGUCGGGUGGAUGUGGGUUACCGUGCCUGUGUUUGAUUUGUUGGGCCCAUGCGGGCAGUGAUGCAUUGCUGGAUCCGGUGGGUGUUCUGCCGGGCCCCUGUCUUUGCUUGCAGGAGUGUUGACGGCUGUGGAGGAGAGACUUCGGAAGUGCUGUGCGACUGCAUAUGCCAGAGAUUGUAUAGAAAACAUAUUACUAGAAAAAAAUGAGCCAAGCUGUUUCAACUGGAGGUGGUCCUGUGUCCAAGGUUCAGCUGAGAGUCGAAUGUACUGGACUUAAAAAAAAAGAUGAGUUUUCAAAAUCUGAUCCCUGUGCUGUUCUGUAUAUGUACCCCAGGGGAAGUCACUCUUGGCUUGAGAUUGGAAGAACUGAACAUAUCAAGAACUGUCACGAUCCCAAAUUUGUCACUCCCUUUACUGUGGAGUACUUUUUUGAAGAAAUUCAGAAAGUGAAAAUAGAAGUUUAUGACUUGGAUAACCACACCAGCAAGCUGACAGAUGACGACUUUUUGGGGAAAAUAGAAUGUAAUCUGGCACAGAUUGUUUCACGCAACCCUUUCUCCUCCGCCUUGCAAAAAAGAGAUGGAAAACCAGUAGGUGGUUCACUGAUUUACGUAAGGUCCGAGGAGGUCAGAGAAGGAGGAGAAAUGGUGUAUCUUCAUAUUGGGGCUACAAAAGUAGACAAUAAGGACUUCAUGGGGAAAUCAGACCCUUUCCUAGAAAUUUCUCGACAGGCUUCAGAUGGAAGUUGGCAAGUGGUACAUAGAACAGAGGUUUGCAAAGACACCUUGAAUCCAGUGUGGCGGCCAUUUAAUAUGGCAGUACAUACAUUGUGUGCAGGUAACAAACAACAGGAAGUACAGUUCUGCUGCAGCGAUCACGACAGCGAUGGAUCCCAUGAUCUGAUUGGCUCAUUCACAACUACCAUUGCACAGCUGGAGCAAGCUGCAGUGGAGGGGAAAGAGGUACAAUUUCCCUUUAUAAAUCCCAAGAAGAAAUACAAAAAAGAUAAAAAAAACUCUGGGGUGGCACAUAUGACAAACAUCAGGUUUUUCAGACAGCCAAACUUUUUGGAGUUUAUCUAUGGUGGAAUGCAGAUUAAUUUUACUGUUGGAGUUGAUUUUACUGGAUCUAAUGGAGAUCCCAGGGAAGCGAACUCUCUUCACUUUAUUGCAUCUGAUAUUUAUCCCAACCAAUACAUGCAGGCCAUCCAUGCGGUGGGAUCUGUUUGUCAGGAAUACGACACGGAUAAAUUAUUCCCAGCCCUUGGCUUUGGGGCAAAGCUUCCUGAUGGGUCAAUUUCAAUGGAGUUUGCUCUGAAUUUCAAUCCCUCAAAUCCUUACUGUGCAGGUAUAAAUGGUGUGAUCGAGGCUUAUAAGAAUGCAAUCCAAAAUGUUACACUAUGGGGUCCGACCAAUGUGGCUCCUAUUAUCUACCAUGUGGCCAGGUUUGCUGAGGUGGCCCAAAAGGAGGAGGCAACCAAGGGGGCACAUGCGUAUUAUGUGCUGCUCCUGUUGACUGAUGGGAUUAUCACUGACAUGGACCAGACAAGGGACGCCAUUGUGUAUGCCUCAGGCCUGCCCAUGUCCCUCAUUAUUGUGGGAGUGGGGGAGGCAGAUUUUAGUGACAUGAACUUUCUGGAUGGUGAUGGCGGGGUUCUGAAAGGAGCCAAUGGCAGGCCAGCAGAAAGGGAUAUUGUGCAAUUUGUUCCCUUUAGAGAUUUCUUGUCACCCGCUGUUGGUGGUGCUGAAUUGGCAAGGCAAGUGUUGGCCGAGGUACCACAGCAGGUAGUGAAGUAUUACACCAUGAGAAGUAUGAACCCAAACAGACAACCAACGUAAACCGUGCAGCGAUAAAAAAACAGACAACCAACCUAAAACAGCGAUAGAAUACGGACGACCAAUCUAAAACAGCUAUAAAAUACCAACGACCAGCUAUAAAAACACACGGCCAACCUAAACCAGCGAUAAAAAACUGAAAACUAGAAAAUUAACCUAAAACAGCAAUAAAAAUACAGACGACCAACCUAAACCAGCCAUAAAUAAAAAUAUAAUUAGACAUUUUUAUUCCAUCUAUCUCACACAUUAUAUAUAUUUUUCAUAAGCAGUGUUGCCAGUUUGUUAGCAGUUACUUAAUAUUUUUAUGACAUUUUUGAAACAUUAUUUCCCUAGAGUUGGGAAUUUUUGAAAUAUAUAUGCAUUGCUCUAUUUGAAAUUUUGUGAAAAUGAUGGACAGAUAUAAAAGAAAUUAAUUCCAAGUUCAUUCAUGAGUCAAACAUGUACGAUACAAUGUUUACACUUAAUGAUUACCAAAUUUUAGUUGUUUUGUGUAAAAUCAUUAUCCUCUGUAUGAAAAGUUUGCAUAUUUUAAACAAAGGACUACAUGCAUGCACAGUCUUCCAUACAUUGCUAAAACAUUGCUGUUACAGAAAUGAAGCAAUGACUAGUGAAAAUAUGUAGCUGUUAAUUUCAUUGCCUGUCUCUAUGACAUAACAAGCUUGGGAUAAUUUUUGUAUAUCUGAAUUUAUUGUUUUCAUAGAUUUCCCCGUGCUUACAUCGCUGACAUACCCACAUAAAUAUGCCAGGUUCGAGAUAAGAACUCUUCUGUGUAGGAGGUGCAUUUAGUGGAACUUUGAUUGUUGAAGUAUUUUCAGUCAGUGAGGAAGACAAUAAAAUGCAUUAAAAGCGGCUUCUCUUUAAAUAUGUAAUUGUAGGAAAUACAAAAUACCAUUGAAAGAAAUGUUUUACUAAAGUGGAAACAUAAAACAAUGUCAUAUUUGCAAUAAAUACCCUGGGUAUGAUUCAUACAACCAAAACCAUAUAAAAAGAAUCUCAUGUAUUUAAUUACUCCCUGAAUACUUAUCAUUUACUUAGUUUGUGAAUCAGUUGAAAUUCAGGGAUGAAACUGCAUAUGAGAAACUUACUGAGCAGAUUCACUUAUGCAGUAAUGAGUAUUUGUCCCACUCCUGCAUGCAAAUAAGUUGUUUCACGCCUUAUUAUGUACGAGAGUUCUCCAAAGAGAACUAACUCCAAUGUAUCUCGAAACUGGCGAAUUUCCCCAUGCUUACAUUGCUGAUGAACCCACAUAAUACGGAUGUCCUACGGUCGACAUUUAAUCCCUAGAGAUGCCUGUGAUUAUAGUGAUAGUUAUAGCAUAGUACCGAUAGCGGACACCGUGUACUGAUCACAUGAUUUUAGUGAUAGUUAUAGAAUAGUACCGAUAACGGACACCGUGUACUGAUCACAUGAUUAUAGUGAUAGUUAUAGAAUAGUACCGAUAGCGGACACCGUGUACUGAUCACAUGAUUAUAGUGAUAUUUAUAGAAUAGUGCCGAUAGCGGACACUAUGUACUGAUCACAUGAUUAUAGUGAUAUUUAUAGAAUAGUAUCGAUAACGGACACUAUGUACUGAUCACAUGACCUGUACUAGCACAAUAUUUUGACAGACAGUUUCGUGAAUGAUGAUUUUUUUUCUUUUGGAACAAAAUGUGUAAUCUGUAAAUGAAAAUAGAAGUGCAAUAUACAUGUAUGUAGUGGUAAUUCAUGUGUAUUUAUUUUUACACUUUAAUUGUUUUUAUUCAGAUUUAUCAAAUGUUUAACGUUGAUACUGGUGAAUUUAUGGUGCAUAGAUUUCAAACGUAGUAGAUGUAUGAUCUUUACUUAAUGAUGUUUAGUCAUUUUUUUUAAUGCAAAUUUUUCUAAUAUCUUUAGUACAUUAGACUAACUUGCAUGAACUCCACUUUUAGUAUAUCAAACACAAGAUUAAGUAACGGGUAACAUGCAGGAUUAUCAUGAACAUUUUUUUCGGCAUGUAUUUUUUUUUUAUGUAUUGUACCUUGAAAUAGUUUAUAUUUUGAUCUUUUGUAUUAAGCUUUUCAAUAAAAUAUAAAACUGUUUGAAAAUAAAACAUUUUGACUGGU